GUUGACUUGAAUAUAAUUUUUUAAAAAGUAAUAUAUUUGUGUAGCACUAAACUCAAAUUAAAAUUUGGAUAUGCCAGUUGACUCCUGUUUGACACUGGAUGGAAUGGCGGUGACAUCAGAUUCAGUGAUGAUUGAGAAUCUAAAGAAUAUGAGGAUAAGAUUUAAAAUCCAAAUAUCAUUGAACUCUUCAAGAAAUGUAUUACUGGAAAAGGGGGAAAGCAUGUAUGUCUAUUAGAAUUGAAUACACUCUGAAGGCGGUGGCACAGAUGAAACAGACCUGUGUGCUAAAACUUAUCACAAAUUUCACAUUGAAUGGAACAGUUUAAACAGGCUGGAGGAAGCAGACAUGCCAGCGCAAACUUUUGAAUUUGUGCAUUCUGUUCAUAAACAUCAGCAAAAUUGUGGGAACCUGUUUAUUCUUUCUCUUUUAUUGCACAGAACCAUACGAUUACACUAAUUUUGAUGAGGAAUUUAAAGAUUAUGAGCCCCGUCCGUUUGACCCGCAGUUUGGCACCAUAGGUUGGUACGAUCUUCGUUCGAGAAGGAAGAGGGAUGUUCCAGACACAGAAAAUCGUCAAACCAUUUACUACAAAGUCUGUUUCUGCUUAGUAUUAAUUAAUGCAGUUAACAUUUUCAGAUCGACAUGAUUGCAGAAUGGAGUCAAUAAAACAAAUUCCAUCUGAUAUUCAACAUAAAUUUUAAGUUUAGAAUAACAAGCUCACAAGAGCUUGGUUUUAGAUAUCACUUGGGACCACAGACUAACAGACAAAGGAACAAAGCAAAACGACUCUGCGAUUUGAUGUAGAAACUCCUGACUCCGAAGCCUGCAGCCGCCCUCCAAUUCUCAAGUCAGAAGUGUGCCAAUGAUGGUGCAGAUCCAACAACACUGGAAACGAUCUUGAGUCUAGACCAAAGCAGCCCCUUGAUUGGCACCGUAUCCAUUCUCUCCACAACCAACUCCAAGACACAAUAAUGUGUCCAUAUACAAGAUGCACUGCCACAUUUUUUUCCAACUAUUCUUACACCCGCCUUUCCAGACUUAGAAAACUCAUCUUCAAGGUCAAGGACAUCAGACAUGGUAGCACUAAUCCCAGUAAAAAUCACCUCCAAGCUACUCUCAAACUUAUUUGGAAAUGAAUGAUUGUUCCUGAGUCAAUAUUAGUAAUCUCUUUUGGAACAGCAUUGUGGGUCUGUGUACAGCAACAUGAAGCUGUUCAAGAAGUCAAUUUGUGCUGGACAAUCAGCAACAGCUAUGUCUCAUUAAAGAAUAAAUAAAUCGGAAAGAAAUCCAUCUGAGAGUCACAAGCAAAUGGAGAAGGAGCGGGAGCAGCAGAGGAAGUGACGAGGACCAGAGGGGCAGCCGGGAAGGAAAGCAGUGAGUAUAAAUACUCACCCUUCGACGCCAACGGCCAUUAUGAGUGCGAGCAGCAGCCAGAGGCAAGAUGGACCCGGAAGACUGCAGCUAAGGUAAAGCAGUUUAUUUUUAAAAUUACUUACCGGUAGCGGGCAGCGGUGUUUUUCCUCUUUCAGAGAAGGAGCGGGAGCAGCAGAGGAAGUGACGAGGACCAGAGGGGCAGCCGGGAAGGAAAGCAGUGACCAUAUAUAUCAGCAAGGCGUGUUAGGGAAAUGGAGCUGGAGCUGGAUGAACUACGGAUCAUUCGGGAGGCAGAGGGGGUAAUUGAGAGGAGUUACCGGGAGUUGGUCACUCCUAAGGCUCAGGACGAGGAUAGAUGGGUUACAGUUAGGGGGAGGAAAGGGGACAGACAGACAGUGCAGAGAUCCCCUGUGGGCAUUCCCCUCAGCAAUAAGUAUACCAUUUUGGAUACUGCUGGGGGGGAUGACCUACCAGAGGAAAGCCAUAGUAGUCAGUUCUCUGGCACUGAGCCUGACACUGUGACAAAGAAGGGAAGGGGGCAGAAUAGAAAAGUACUCGUGGUAGGGGACUCGAUAGUUAGGGGAAUCGACAGGAGAUUUUGUGGGCAAGAUCGGGAUUCCCGGAAGGUAUGUUGCCUCCCUGGUGCCAGGGUCCGGGACGUCUCCGAUCGGGUGUAUAAAGUUCUAAAAGGGGAGGGCGAACAGCCAGAAAUCGUGUUACAUAUUGGCACAAAUGAUAUAGCCAGAAAUAGGUUUGAGGAUAUAAAAAGUGAUUUCAGGGAGUUAGGAUGGAAGCUGCAGAGCAGGACGAACAGAGUAGUGUUCUCUGGUUUACUACCGGUGCCACGAGAUAGCGAGGUGAGGAACAGGGAGCGGGCGCAGCUGAACACGUGGCUUCGCAGCUGGUGUAGGAGGGAGGGCUUCAGAUAUGUUGAUAAUUGGGAUGCCUUCUGGGGAAGGUGGGACCUGUACAAGAAGGACGGGUUGCAUCUGAACUGGAAGGGGACCAAUGUCCUGGGUGGAAGGUUUGCUCGAGUAGUUCGAGAGGGUUUAAACUAGUAUGGCAGGGGGGUGGGAACCUGAGCUGUAUACCAGAGGUGAGCAUUGAUGCAGGUGAGGCAGUAGCAAGAGGUAGACCAGCUAGUGGGAAGGAUUUUCCUGGGAAGGAACCAAGGAAUCGGUUAAAGUGUGUUUGCUUUAAUGCAAGGAGUAUCAGGAAUAAAAGUGAUGAACUUAGAACAUGGAUCAGUACCUGGUGCUAUGAUGUUGUGGCCAUAACAGAGACAUGGGUUUCUCAUGGGCAGGAAUGGUUGCUGGAUCUUCCAGGGUUUAGAACAUUUAAAAAGAAUAGGG